GCUCAGCCUGCGCAGAUGACCCGACCACCGGCCUCCUCGUACCCGUCUCUGCAGCCGGCCUACAGUCCCUCAGCUCCACAGCUCUACACACAGGUCCAGCCGUCGGGCGGCGCAGCUCAGCUCAGUCCGUCUCUGGCAGCGAUGAGUCUGCAGUCCCAGACGCCAGAAGCCCUUCGUGUGGUGAACCUCCUUCAGGAGCGCAACCUCCUUCCCUCCGGAGCCGUGACUCCGCCCACUCCCUGCCUCCCGCGGGACCUGCAGAAGAUCAACUGCUGCCCAGAGGUCUUCCGCUGUACUCUGACCAGCAUCCCUCAGACACAGGCUCUGCUGAACAAAGCCAAGCUUCCCCUCGGCCUCCUGCUGCACCCCUUCAAGGAUCUCUCCCAACUCCCCGUGGUGACCUCCAGUAACAUUGUGCGCUGUCGCUCCUGUCGGACCUACAUCAACCCGUUCGUGACCUUCGUGGACGGCAGAAGAUGGAAGUGUAAUCUGUGUCACCGAGUCAACGAUGUUCCAGAGGAGUUCAUGUAUAAUCCGGUCAGCAGGUCGUAUGGAGCGCCUCACAAGAGACCCGAGGUCCAGAACGCCACCAUCGAGUUCAUCGCCCCGUCAGAAUACAUGCUCAGGCCGCCUCAGCCCGCUGUCUAUCUGUUCGUCCUCGACGUGUCCCACAAUGCCGUGGAGACUGGGUAUCUGGAUGUCGUCUGUCAGUCGCUUCUAGAGAACCUUGACUCGCUCCCCGGAGACUCUCGCACGAAGAUCGGCUUCAUCACGUUUGACAGCACCAUCCACUUCUACAACCUGCAGGAAGGGCUGUCGCAGCCGCAGAUGCUCGUCGUGUCAGACAUCGACGAUGUGUUCCUGCCGACUCCAGACAGCCUGUUAGUGAACCUGAGCGAGUGCAAGGAGCUGGUCCAGGACCUGCUGACGGGUCUGCCGCAGAUGUUCAGCAGGACGAUGGAGACUCAGUCUGGUCUGGGUCCGGCGCUCCAGGCCGGGUUUAAGCUUCUGUCUCCCACCGGCGGGCGCAUCUCAGUCUUCCAGACACAACUGCCCACUGUGGGCAUCGGUGCCCUCAAACCCCGAGAGGAGCCCAGCCAGAAGGCACACGCCAAGGAGGUCCAGCAUCUGAACCCGGCAACGGACUUCUAUAAGAAGCUGGCUCUGGACUGCUCCGGCCAUCAUGUGGCGGUGGACCUGUUCCUGCUCAGCGCGCAGUACUGCGACCUGUCCUCUCUAGGCUGCAUAUCCAGGUACUCUGCAGGAAGUGUGUAUUAUUACCCGUCGUACCACCGUCAGCACAGCCCGGCCCAGACCGAGCGCUUCCAGCGCGACCUGAAGAGGUACCUGACCCGCAAGAUCGGCUUCGAGGCCGUCAUGAGGAUACGCUGCACCAAAGGCCUGUCCAUACACACGUUCCACGGGAACUUCUUUGUGCGCUCCACGGACCUGCUGUCUCUGGCGAACGUAAACCCGGACGCGGGCUUCGCUGUGCAGAUGAGCAUCGAGGAGAAUCUGCUGGACCUGCAGGCCGUGUCCUUCCAGGCCGCGCUGCUCUACACCUCCAGCAAAGGCGAGCGCAGGAUCCGAGUGCACACACUGUGUCUGCCGGUGGUCAACUCUCUGAGCGACAUCUUCGCUGGAGCCGAUGUUCAGGCCAUCACUGCUCUCCUGGCCAGCAUGGCUGUGGACCGCUCCGUGACGGCUAGCCUGGGGGACGCGCGGGACGCCCUGAUCAACGCAGCGAUCGACUCGCUGUCCUCGUUCCGCUCCUCCGUGCUGAGCGUCCAGCAGCCGGGCCUGCUAGCGCCCGCGUGCCUGCGGCUGCUCCCGCUCUACAUCCUGGCCCUGCUCAAGCACAGAGCGUUCCGCACCAGCGCUAGCACGCGGCUGGACGAGCGUGUGUUCUCCAUGUUCCAGCUGAAGAGCCAGCCGCUGCCGUUCCUCAUGCUCACGGUGCACCCGGGCCUGUACCGCGUGGACCAGCUCAGCGAUGAGGGGGCGCUGAACAUCAGCGAGCGCACGAUCCCUCAGCCCAGAGCGCUCCAGCUGUCUGUGGAGAAGCUGAGCAGAGACGCUGCCUUCCUCAUGGACUGUGGCACAGUCCUGUAUCUCUGGAUUGGAAGGAACUGUAACCCAGUUUUCCUCACGCAAGUGCUGGGAGUGGAGAGCUACGCUGCUGUUCCUCUCAACAUGGAUCAGCUGCCAGAGUUGGACACUGCAGAAUCCUCCCGAAUCCGAGCUCUGAUCGACUGGCUGAGAGAACGCCGGCCGUUCCACCCCGUCCUGCACGUCAUCAGAGACGAGAGCCCGCGCAAGGCGGAGUUCCUACAGUACCUGAUUGAAGACCUCAGCGAGUCUGCGCUGUCGUACUACGAGUUCCUCCUGCACCUGCAGCAGCAGAUCUGCAAGUGAC